AUUAGUUAUUGAAUUAUUCACUCAGCCAUUUCAUUCAAAAACACUGAUUCAUUCAGGAACCAAACAAGCAACUGGCUGCAUCCAAAGCUUAAAGGGAUCCUAUUAUGCUUUUUCACUUUUUAAUUUUUAGUCAGUGUGUGGUGUGUAUGUUUGGGCAUAAAAAAGAUCUACAAAGUUACAAAUCUCAAAGUCCACCCCAAAGGGAGAUAUUUCAUUUUUUAAAAAUCCCUUUACAAGAACUACAACGAACGGCUCCUUUGGACUACAGCGGAUUGUUUUCCGGAUGUUAUGAUGUCACAGCGCGGGCCAUCAGAAUAUCAUUACAAUAAAUCCUGCCUACUGAAAUUCGAAUGUUUGGGGGUUGUGUAAGGACGAGGUGGGUGAUUAGCCUAACUUUAACAAUACAGCGCGGAGAGCCACUUCUGGGAUGCUUCAAAUAGGUGCAGCGGCUAUACACACAAGCACUGAGAAUGGCUCCGGUGGCCGUGUCAGAGCCGUGUCGUGGAUGUGUGCAGUAUAGGGAGUCGAAACACAUGCGGAGGUGUGGCUGAUGUAAACACAAGCAUUGGCUAGAGUGACUGUGACCAUCUCAGGUGGCCGUGUCGAAGACAUGUACAGUGUGUGGUAAGAAAUUUAUUCAUCAUACAGUGUAGAUAGCUUCACUUAUAACGCAAGCGUUUUUUAAAAUGCAUAAACUUGCACUAGACUAGGCUAGGCUAAUCAGUGAUGUUCUUUGCUAGUUUUCUGUAGCUGCUUUUUGAAUAACUAAGGAAGUGUAAGCAUUAUAAUUAAUAACCUACAAUGUUUUUAUUCAGUUGUUGUCAUGUUAAAUACAAAUUAAGUCAUAUUAAAAACAUUAGGCUGAUUUUAGCCUUAUGCUGGAGCUGGUUUCGGGCAAUGAAACUAAGUAUGUAAAUACUUAAAUAAAUUAGCACGAUAAUAUCAUGUGUCAGCGAUCUCACAGGCUGACGAUAGGACCCAACACUACUGUAGCGUAUUAUUUACUCACCCUCCAUGCAUGCUAGGUGUAUAUGACUUCCUUCUUUCAGACGAAUGCAAUCAGAGUUAUGUAAAAAAUUAUCCUGGCACUCCCAAGCUUUAGAACGGCAUAGUUUCCCUUCAUCAGUACAAAACAAGUCCAAUAAAAUGCAUCCAUCCAUAAUAAAAAGUGCCUCGCACGGCUCCGGGGAGGUGAAUAAAGGCCUCCUGUAGCGAAUCGAUGUGUUUUUGUAAAAAAAAUAUCCAUAUUUAAAAUGUGAGAAUCACUUUAAUCUAGCUUGCGCUAACAGUUGUACACAAAACUUGCUGCUUUGGUAAGGGGUGUGGCAGUACUGAAACACCAUCUAAGCUGUUCGCCAAUCACAAUGCACUGGGACAGCUAACUAACCACAACACAUUUUGUUUUUCGUAAGGCGGGCCUUCAUCAAACCCGGAACUAAUCAAGCCAUUUGUGCCAGGCUGGGAGAAAUGUAUCGUAAUAAUGUAAAUUAUGUGAAAAUUAUGUGUUUUUUGAACCACCAAGCAUGAAAUCAUUUUCUAGUACACCUCCAAAACAAAAUCAAAACAGCUGCUUUGUUGCUGCUUUGUCUCAGGCUCAGAUGUCACGCCCACAAAUUGUUUGGCUCGACACUUGAUGCAUAUGGCACACAGAAUUGGAAACACUUCAGGAUUUUCGAAGUCGUCAUCAGAUUGGUUGAAUUAUACAGUAUUUCCACGAGACUGAUUUCAAAAACUGAUUUCAGACAUGCAUCUGAGGCAUAAUAAUGUUUAAAAAACAGAGAGAGCUUACUGAUAACCAAGCAUAUAUUUAUUUUCUAUUGCUCAGUUGUGCAUGCAGUUUUCAUGAGCUCACAUUAAUUAAAACAACAGAUUUUGUGCUUCAAAAGAAAAAAAUCACAAUGCAAGGCCAGUUAAUUAAAUCAGUGAAGACAAAAUGGUGAUCAAAACUGUAAAAAAAAAUAUAUAUAUAUAUAUAUAUAUAUAAAAUCUUGAUGUUGCAAAAGAGUUCAUGUCUGUUUGUAAACAACUACCCAUUUCUAUACCUUAAUGAUACAGCAUUAUGCUGUUAGAUGUUAAAAGUGUUGUGUUAGUCUGCACUUAUUCUCAAUCCACACAUGCAUACACUUGUGCGUGUCUAAAUAUAUCUGACACUGUUUUCACAGCCUACUUUGAGUCUACAUCUGAAGCUCACAUAAGUUUCUCAUCCUGCUGCAAGAUUAAACCACACAAUGCCUUUGAACCCGAGUCGCUUCAGAAUGAAGGACCGGAGCGGCAGCAGCAGCGUUCUGGGCCGGCCCGAGUUUCUGUCCCUGAAUGUCCCACCUCGAAACAACAGAGCAUGGAAAAGAUCCAGCCAGUCCAAGACCCAUCAGAACCAGCAGAACGAGAACCCGCCGGAGCCGGGCGAGAAUGUGAAGGAGCGCAGAGAGCCGACGAGGCUGCCGGAUGAAGACUGCAUGCUGCUCAAUCCGUCCUUCAGAGGCAUCGCCAUCAACUCACUGCUGGCCAUCGACAUUUGCCUGUCCAAGCGCCUGGGCGUGUGUGUCCACACCACAUCCUCAUGGGGUAGCAUGCGCUCGGCGGUCACGCUGCUGGCUCUGACGGGUCACGGCAUCACAUGGAUCUGUGGGACUCUGGUGUGUCUCACUCAGAGUAACACACUGGCUGGACAAGAGGUCCUGAUAAACCUGCUGAUAGCGCUGAUUCUUGAUGUUCUGACUGUGGCUGGGGUUCAAAAACUGGUCCGGCGCAAAGGACCAUGGGACAUAAGUCCCGGCUUCCUGGACUGUGUGGCUCUGGACACGUACUCAUUCCCGGCCGCUCACGCCAGCAGAGCAGCCAUGGUGUCCAAGUUCCUCCUGUCCCAUUUGGUGCUGGCCGUCCCACUGCGGGUCCUGCUGGUGCUGUGGGCCAUCCUGGUGGGCCUGUCACGCGUUCUGCUGGGCAAACACCACCUGACGGACAUGGUGUGCGGCUUCGCUCUGGGCUUCCUUCACUUCAGUCUGAUGGAGACGGUGUGGCUGUCGUCUGGAGCCUGUCAGACGCUCAUCUCCAUCGGGACCUUCAGCUGGGCCUCUGUCCAUUAGACUGCAAACGCGCAGAAGACCUAUGUCAAAUUCGUAAUCCAGUAUUUGUACGAUUAAACACAUAUUGCACCUCAGUCUUUCAGAUGCACAAUGCAAAGGACAAAUGCAGUCUGGAUUUUACAUGCUUCAGUUGCAUUACCAGGUCUGUUAGGGUCACGACUGCUGUGAUUUCAGUCACACUCUAGUGUUUACAUGACACUUAAAUGAUGGAUUUGUGCUUGGGUAUUUUUAAAGUGCAUGCAAAGGCACUGGAUUUCACUGCACAGUUGGGUUUCACCUCUUUUUUCAGUCUCAUUUUCACUUCUUAAUUCUGCAGAACUGAGACGUCUUAUAGAGGAAGUUGCUGAGAAAGGAAGUAAUUGUUAAAAAUGUUUUUGUCCUGAUGACAUUUUAGGAUGUUGUCAAUGUUCAUGGGUUAACUGCAGCACCUGUGCAAAUGGAAAGAAGGGGAUUGAUAUUGAUUACAGGAACAUCCAAAGUGAAAAGAAACGUUAAAUUUCUUUUUCUUUUGUCAUUUAAUAGCUCACGCAUUUAAUGGUUAAUAUGUCUGUAAAGCACAAGUGUGGAAUACCUUUUCAAAUUUGAUCAGGAUUUACAAACAAUCAAACAAAGUUUUUUAUCAAGGUGUAUUUGUUUCAGGAAGAUUCCUGUCUGGUUUUCUUUGUGUGCAUGAAUUAAGUUUGACAUGAUUUGAAUCAUUAUUUUUUUGUGAUACUUAUCUAAGUACUGUAAUGACUUGUGCAAUAUUCAAGCAAUCUGUUGCCUUUGUAUUUGUCAUAAAAUGAACUGGUGAAAUGGUUCUGUACUGUACAAAUUUGUACUUUAAAACAAAAAUGACUGUUACAUGACACCUCUGACACAUUAAAUUAACUUUUGUCCAUGCUCUUGCUCUUAGAUCAAGUGUGUGCAUGUUUGUGUGCGUGUGUUUAAUAAUCCAUAAUAACACUUCCUCCAGUAAAAAAAAAGUCGUCUGGUCUGAAUCAGGAGAGAAAUUUGCACAGAUCAAGCACCAUUUACAAGCCAAAAGAGCUCUAAACAAGUAUGUGGGUGGAUUUUGAUGGACUGGAGAUGGACUUUUUCACUGGAGGAAGCGUUGUUAUGCAUUAUGGAUUUGUUGAUGGAUUUGUUUCUUACAAACACACAGCUUUUGGCUUCAGAAGAUGUUAAUUGAUGGACUGGAGUGGUGUGGAUUAUUGUGAUAUUUUUAUCAGCUGUUUGGACUCUCAUUCUGGCGCCACCCAUUCACUGCAGAUGAUCUGUUGGUGAGCAAGUGAUGAAAUGCUACAUUUCUCCAAAUCUGUUGACAAAUAAACUUAUCUG